AUGUCGGAGGCGUCGGAGCUGCCUUGGCUGGCUCGAUUGGUUAAUCAUGUUCUCACGCCAGGCUCUGCCCUUUCGCCAGUGGUGUGGAUUACGUUUAAUGUUGUAAUGGUCGCGCUCUUUUUGUGCUGGCUAUCGCUGGUCUUCGCCAUGCCUGACAACGUUCACAUCUGGGUGUUUGGAUUUCUUGGAGCCGGCUUAGCCUUUUUAACAAACUGGUUAUUUAAAGAGAUUUUUAGCUCUGAAUCGGCUGAGGAGACGAAGCACGAGGAAUUCACGCCCGGCACGGCGGAAUCACAUGAAAAGAAGAAGGAUUAA